AUGCAGAGAGUACCGCGGACAGGAUGGGUGUACAGGAACGUGGCAAAGCCAGAGAGCGUAUCCGAUCAUAUGUACAGAAUGGCAAUGAUGGCUUUGGUGACUGAAGACAAAAGCCUUAACAAGGACAGAAGCAUACGAUUAGCUUUGGUCCAUGAUAUGGCUGAAUGCAUUGUUGGAGACAUUGCUCCAGCAGAUAAUAUCUCAAAGGAGGAGAAACACAGGAGGGAAGAGGCAGCUAUGCGACAACUGACCCAGCUUCUAUCAGAGGACAUCAGAAAAGAAAUCUAUGAACUCUGGGAAGAAUAUGAAAACCAGAGUACUGCAGAAGCCAAAUUUGUAAAGCAGUUGGAUCAGUGUGAGAUGAUACUGCAAGCAUUUGAAUAUGAAGAGUUGGAAAACACACCUGGCAGACUGCAGGAUUUUUACAAUUCAACUGCUGGGAAGUUUGUUCACCCUGAAAUACUCCAGCUUGUAUCUCUGAUCAACACAGAAAGGAAUAAAAAAAUAGCUGCUACAUCUCCUCCACAUUCCUGA